AUUUUAGUAUAGGUACAGUCUACAAUGGUAUCCCUGUCCUUGAGGAAGCUAAGUCUAGCAGAAAAUACCUUUAUCACCAGCAAAUAUGAUUCACCCUGGCAAUCUCUUAUGAGAGAUUUUUGCCAAAAAAACAAAGAGAAGUGCGAUGUAGAACCGAUGGACGAAUGUCACGGUCCCUAUCGGCAAGAAAAAGAGCUCUCGUCAGGUGCGCACUAUGAUGGCGAAUGGAAUAUAAUGGGUAUGCAUGGCUACGGAGAGUACACAUAUGAGAAUGGAGUCGUGUACGAAGGCCAGUUUGAAAAUGGCAUGAUGCAUGGUAAGGGCGAGCUUCGAUAUCAAUUAAAAGGUGGUGGCAUGGCCGUCAUACGUGGACGAUGGAAGGAAGAUGUGGUGGUUGAGAGGGCGUUGUUCUUCGCACACGACCUGGAGUACAAAGAAGAAGGCUGGAACUAUUGCAAGUUGCCUGAUAGAAGGUUUGCAGUUGAAUUCGAUAAAGGCAUGAAGCCUGCAGGCCGAUCAUAUUUGACGGCUUACCAGCCAACUAAGGAGAUACCACCAGGGCUCUACGAUACUGGAGACGGCUUCUUCGAUCCUAAAGCGAAAGUCAUUUUCAAGUAUGACAACCUGGCAGAUAUUUUGAGGGCCCCAUCGCUUAGGGAGCGACAAUGGAUAGUAGUAAACUGUCGUAGGGGAUCCGAAGAACCUUUAGGACCUCGUCCGGACUUAUAUGAGAAAAUAGUGGAUCCAGUGGUCCACCCAAAACAAUAUCUAACACCAGGAGCUGCACUCAGGGCCAAAAUAUCAGCCAUAUUGAAUAGAGACUUCGUUUUUGACGAAAUUGAUUACGAAUCUGCACCAUGCUUCUAUGACCCUGAAAAAACGUACGACGAGGACAAACCAGCUCCAGGGGAAUCAACACCAGCCUUCUAUGACCCUGAAAAUCCACACGACGAGGACAAACCCGCUCCAAGGGUCAGUUUUUAAUUUAAAAAGUUUGCUGGCUUUUUUCAAUUUAAUCAAUAUUACUAUUUCAAUAAGUGUUAUGUAGUUAUUGACAAUAGUUUUAGUUAUUUUUAUUCUCUAGUUCAUAUGUAAUUUUAAUUUAAUUUACUUAGUCCAAUUGAAUAGUUUUGUAGACAUGUUAAUCAUGGAAUAAUAA